AUGCCAGCAGCCAUCGUAUCAGACACAGCAACCUCGCUCGACGGCACAGCCCUCGCUGCCGCCUCCACCUCCAAAUACAAACCCACCACCGUCGACGAAGGUCCCUCGCCGUAUCAAUUCGACCUCGGCCUGCUCACCUCGAUCAACCCCAACCCGUUGACGUCCACCUCGUCGAGCAAGCUGCUCAGCCUUACGCGCGAUGGUGUUCAGUCGCUUGUCAACAAGAUCUUCACGCUGCCCGUCACGCGCGAUCCCGAAAACGGCCCACUCGCGAGCUUGCCGGCGUUCACAUCGAAGCUGCCACGCGAGAAGAGCAUGCCCAAGCCCAAGCCGAUGACCAAGUGGGAGAAGUUCGCCAAGCAGAAGGGCAUCCAGUCGCGCAAGAAGGACAAGAUGGUGUACGACGAGGCGACCAAGGAAUGGGUGCCGCGGUGGGGAUUCAAGGGCGCCAACAAGGAUCUGGAGGAGCAGUGGAUCCACGAACUCAAGAACAACGGAAACACCGACAUGGACCCCGCCAAGACCGCCAAGAAGGAACGUCUCGCAAAGAAGCAGAAGAACGAAAAGCAGCGGCUGGGUAACCUAGCCCGCGCCGCCGCCUCCACCGCUGCUUCUUCCACAAGUUCGAGCAACACCAAGGGUGCCCUCGGCGACGCCAAUGCUGGGAAGCUCGCACGCGCAGCAGCCCGCGAGCAGCGCAAGGCCCAACUCGAAGCCGAUGUGCUCCGCUCCCGUGCCUCCACGGCCUCCAUGGGCCGCUUCGACAAGACCCUCAAGGGCGAGUCGAAACCCAAGGGCAUCAAGCGCAAGUUUGACCCCAACGAGAAGGACGUCGCUGCGGAACGCGCGGGCAACCUGGCGCUGCUCAACAAGCUCGGCACCUCGGCCAUGCGCAAAAAGGCUCAGAACUCCGAGGGCCAGGGCGACAAGGAGCUCGUCAAUACCAGGAAGGCCGUGCAGUUUGCCACUGGAGGUCAUGGCGUGACGAGCAUGAACGGUGCCAAGAGGGGGAAGCGCGGUGGCAAGUGA